CCAGUGCCAAUAUUGAGAAAUCAGUUCAGCAGGAGGACACACCGGUGGAGUCUCAUCCGAGUCAUGAAGAGAGUGAAAAAGAAGACAUGGUUUCUGGGCCAGAUCAUGAAAAUUUUUCAAAAGCAGAAAAUGAAGAGAAAAAUGAGGACUCAACAAAGAAUGUUUAA